AUAUAUAUUCAUUGCCAUUUACAUUAAUAUUCUCUCUUUCCACACCCUCCACACUCCACACUCUAUUUAUACCCACUUCCCUCUCCCAUUCUUCCAAAAAAAGUCUCUCUCUCUCUCUCUCUCUCUCUCUAAGAAAUUAAACCAUGGCUUCUUCUACAAUGGCAACAAAUUCCAGUAAAUGUGCCACACCCCAAAUCCCUCCCAAUUUUUCUUCAUCAUCAUCAAGAAUUGAUCAUCUGGGUUUCACAUCAAACAACAUUAUAACCAUGAAAAAGCCCAACAGAAGACCCCAAAUAUCUUGUGUUUUACACUCACCUUCACUGCUUUACCACCCAAAACAAUCACCAACAGUGGAUUCAGCUGAUGCCUCCAAAACAGCUCAACGUACCCAACAAUGGAACUUACUACAGAAAGCUGCUGCUAAAGCCAUAGACAUGGUGGAGGAAGCUUUACUCUCACGCCACCGCCACCACCCGCUUCCAAGAACCACCGACCCACGUGUUCAAAUUGCCGGAAACUUUGCUCCCGUGCCGGAGCAACCAGUUUGCCACUCAUUACCGGUCACCGGCACAAUACCCGAUUGCAUUCGCGGCGUCUACGUCCGAAACGGAGCCAAUCCAUUAUUCGAGCCGGUCGCCGGACACCACUUGUUCGACGGAGAUGGCAUGGUUCAUGCAGUCACCAUCAAUGGCGGCAAUUCUGUCAGCUACGCUUGCCGGUUCACGGAGACUCACCGCCUCAUUCAGGAGCUAGAAUUGGGCCGGCCGGUCUUCCCUAAAGCCAUCGGUGAGCUUCAUGGACACUCAGGCAUCGCCCGACUACUCCUCUUUUACGCCAGAGGACUGUUCGGGCUCGUCGACCACAAUCACGGCAUCGGAGUGGCCAACGCCGGACUGAUAUACUUCAACCGGCGACUACUCGCCAUGUCGGAGGAUGACCUUCCGUACCAAAUCCGUAUCACACCCUCCGGUGAUCUAGAAACAGUUGGCCGGUACAACUUCAACAAGCAGCUUAGGUCCACCAUGAUCGCCCACCCGAAGCUUGACCCAAUCUCCGGUGAGCUCUUCGCUCUCAGCUACGACGUCAUUUGCAAGCCGUAUCUAAAGUACUUCCGAUUCUCCCCGGAAGGAGAGAAGUCACCGGACGUAGAAUUACCCCUUGACGUACCCACAAUGAUCCAUGACUUCGCCAUCACCGAGAACUACGUGAUCAUACCGGACCAGCAAGUGGUGUUCCAGCUCCAAGAGAUGAUAAGGGGUGGCUCUCCGGUGAUCUACGACAAGAAUAAGAAGUCUCGGUUCGGAAUUCUACCCAAAAAUGCUCAAAAAAGUUCGGAUGCGAUAUGGGUAGAAUUGCCGGAGACCUUCUGCUUCCAUCUAUGGAACGCUUGGGAGGAACCUGAGUCGGAUUCCGUGGUGGUCAUCGGAUCAUGCAUGACACCGCCGGACUCCAUUUUCAACGAAUGCGACGAGAAUUUAAAGAGUGUGUUAUCGGAAUUUCGGCUCAAUUUGAAGACCGGCGAGUCAACUUGCCGGUCUAUAAUUCAAUGCUCCGAUCAGAUGAAUUUGGAAGCUGGUAUGGUGAAUCGUAAUAAACUUGGGAGAAGAACUCAAUAUGCAUAUUUAGCCAUUGCUGAGCCGUGGCCUAAGGUUUCCGGUUUUGCGAAGGUGAACCUUUUCACCGGAGAAUUUGAGAAGUUCCUUUACGGCGACGGAAGGUAUGGCGGUGAGCCGUACUUUGUACCGAGGGAUGUAAAUUCAGAGAGAGAAGAUGAUGGGUAUGUUAUAUCGUUUGUUCACGAUGAGAAUACAUGGAAAUCCGAGCUUUUGAUAGUAAAUGCCAUGAAUUUACAGUUGGAGGCUUCGGUUAAGCUUCCUUAUAGGGUUCCUUAUGGCUUUCAUGGGACGUUCAUAAGCUCAAAGGACUUGGAAAUGCAAGUAUAGAGAUCAUACAUAUAUAGAGCUCCACUGUGAGGUGGUCACUGGUUCCAAAUAAAAAAAUAGCCUCCCACGAAAAUAAGCUUGCAUACGUUUUGACUCCAUAUUAAUGGCAGGAUUCUCGUGCAUUAUAUAUAUUGUCAUAUAUAGAUAAAUGUGUGUGUAUAUAUAUAUAUAUACAAGAGGGAUGCUAGUUAGUUUCAGAGAUACAUGUUCUUUUUUUAUUUCAAACUUCUGUGUUUGGGUUUUUUGAUCUCUUCUUUUUUAAAUUUUGUAGAUGAAACUGAAGGUACGUUUAUCUCUUUAUUAUCAUCCCUAGUUCCCUACUCAA